AUGCCCAGCACACCAGAAGCCUCGUACAACAUCACACACACCUUCUGGAAACAUUCCUACGAGGUGUCCCACCCCAACAGUAACCAGACCCUAUUCUAUGUGGAGAACUCACACUGGACCCCUGGCAAGCCAACACUAUCCUUCCACGAGAGCAACGAGAAUGGCCCAAUCAAGGCCGUAGCGCGGCUCGCCAAAAUGUCGCGCUCGAUUGAAUGCGGUAUAGGCGAUCCUUCGAACCCCGCUGAAAGAGUCGCCUACGAGACCAUGACCAACAUCGGCUUCAUGAAACUCUGCUACAUGUUCAAAGUGGACCGCGGGCACGGGCACGAGACUUUUAUCUGGAAGAAGACCCGUAGCCAUGGGUCGGGCUUUUCAAAUAACUACAAGAUGGUCAAUGAUGCCACCCAGAAAGUUAUUGCUGUGUUCUCGUCAGCCGCAAAUCCCUUUUCGCCAUCUAAAGCGGGCCGGAUCGACAUUUAUGCCAACUAUGGCGAGCGAUUCAACCUGAUGACCCUCAUCACGGGGAUUGCAUUGCAUGAACAACAACGUCGCGCCCGCGCUGCUGCCUCCGCCGCGGGCGCUGGUGGUGGAGGCGGUGCAUGA